UACGGAAAAGGUGAAAAUCUCGAAUUUGCAAACCUGCGCUUCGCCAAAUUCAUUGUAUCAAAUUUUUGGAUUUUUUUACUUCACAAUGGCAAAGGAAAGAAAAGAACGUAAAAGCUCUGGUACUGCUGAAGAUGAGUAUGACUCUUAUCUCCCUGCCCAAAUGCCAAUCGCCCAACCUUUGGCACCCAAGAAGCUCAAUAAAAAAAUGAUGAAAACAGUGAAGAAGGCUUCCAAACAAAAACACAUCCUUCGUGGUGUCAAGGAAGUUGUCAAGGCUGUUCGUAAGGGCGAAAAGGGCUUGGUUAUCCUUGCUGGUGAUAUUUCUCCCUUGGAUGUGAUUUCCCAUAUUCCUGUCUUGUGCGAGGACAACGACGUUCCCUACGUCUAUACCGUUUCAAAGGAGUUAUUGGGAGAUGCUUCCAACACCAAGAGACCCACCAGUUGUGUCAUGGUUGUCCCUGGCGGAAAAAAGAAAGAUAUGUCCAAGGCCGAAGACUACAAGGAAGGUUACGACGAAAUUUUGAAGGAAGUCCCUGCUUUGGGAGCUUAAAUUUUCAAUAGGAAAAAAAUAAUUCCUUAAUAAUCUCAUCUUGUUGGAGAGAGUCGCGGAUUGAAUCAACAUUGGGUUGGAUUUCUUUAUUUUUCUUUACUUUUGCUUUUCGAGGGAUAAGGCAUACUUUUCAUUUGGUUUUCUCUGAAAAGUAUCCUUUUUCGAAACAUGCUUCUCGUUUUGUCUUUCCCGGAGUUCCAUAUUUGCGUUCUCUCUUUCGUUUCCUUGCACUUCCAUUCAUCUCCCACUUUCUUUUGUUGUGGAUAGUUUAGCAACUUGAACAAAUAAAACUAUAUAUGGAAAAUAAUUGUUCUUGUAUACUUAUUCCCACAACUUUGUUUCGUUUUUUGGUGUUUCUCUUUUUCUUUUUUGGAAAGAAACUUGUUUUCGAUGAACACUUUUGAAUGCAAGUAGACGGGUGAAAAGGAAGAAUAAAAUAGGUUAUUUAUUUGCGUGAAAAGGCUUAUGGACGGUGAUCCCAUCGAAAUCAUUCUUUACCAAUCUGUUUAACAAUAUGAAACUUUAGUGUGUCAUCCAUA